AUGUAUCCUUCAAUUCAUAAUUAUCAUCAUCACCAUCAUCCAUAUCAUCUCAUAAGUUCUUAUCCUCAUCCUCAUCAUCAUCAUCAUCAUCACUCUCGAUCACAAUUUCCCAUCAAUUUACCAUCCAUCCAAUCACUUCUUCAAGAAGUUGAUGGUCAAUCUCUUAAUUCCAAUCCCUUAUCGUCAAUUGAUCUCACUUUACCACCUUUAAAAUCAUUCGAACCUAAUCCCAAUCUAAAUUAUCUUUAUUUCCCUCAGUCUGAUUCUAAUCAAAAUAAAAUCAAUCAACCUCUUCAAAUCACAAAUCAACACCAUCAUCAGAUUCUAAAUCAACAUUUCAUUGAACAUGAUUCGUACCAUCAAUCUAGGUCCAAUCUAAAUCGACUUUCAAAUCAACUUCAUCCGAAUCAAUCCAACUACAAACUCUCAUCAAAAUCUAUACUUAAUAGACCAAAACGUAAACAAGUUAAAAGAGCUUGUCAAAAUUGUCAAAAGGCGUGUAAAGGAUGCGCUGAUUCGAGACCAUGUCCAAGAUGUGUCAUUCACGGUUUAACAAAUACCUGUAGAGAUGCACCAAGAAAAUCAGAGCUUUCAAAAUCACCUACUUCUUCUUCUUCUACAUCUGCCUCUGGGUCUGGUUCUGCAUCUUCAUCUUCAACUUCACUACAUUCAUCUGCUUCUUCUAGUUCAUCUGACUUAUCUGAUUCAAGUCUCUCACAUCAAAACAAACGUCUUUAUCAAAGACCUGAUCAUCAUUCGAUGGAAAAUGAUCACUAUCAACAUAUCAGUAUUAAGUGUUCAAAUGUCUUUACAAAUCAAACCACUCAAAACAUUCAAAACAUUCAAAUCCAUCAAAACCAUUCGAUUCAAAACUUUUCAAAUUCAUGA